AUGCAUUUCCUCGCCCUCAUCCCCGCCAUCCUCACACUAGCCACUUCAAUCGUCGCUCUCCCCACAAUCGAUGGCCCAGACGGUCUCUACACCACCCAGCUCGAAGCCGACGGCUCCAAAACCGUCAUCGACUUCACCCCUCUGGCCGACAUUCUAAACAUCACUGACACCACCGCCAUCACCACCAAUCCCACCGGUCUGCAAGCCCGAUCCGCGGCCACGCACUGCGAGAGCAGCAAUCUCAAUCGCAAUGAUCUGAUUCUAGCGUGGCGAUGCAUGGUCGAUGCGUUUGGAGGAGGGUAUAACACCGUUGACAACUCCGCUGUUUUUUGCAAGAAAGGAGGCGUAGUUGCCUAUUUUUGCAGCUACACCGCUCAAACGGUCAGCGGGCAGUCGUUUCAAGAUGCGCUCACGGUUAUUAGUCUUGUUCGCGGUGGGACGCAGGCCGGGUAUCAGCGAUGUAAGAAUGAUUGUGGUACUAAAGACUCCACUUUUGGAAGAAACAGCAAUGGAUUGGAUUUUUGCUGGAAGGGGAAUGCGAAGUAG